AUGGCAUGCUUGGAAAGCUCCCUAGAGAAGUCAGGGAUCAAAUCUACUGCUACAAACAUACACAACGAAUCCGUCGAGAUACUCUACGCCGAGUCCAGCUUCUGCAUCCCAUACAAACUCAUCGAUACACUCUCAGCACGCACUGGCCCGCCUCUGACAUGGAAGAACGUCAAGAAGAUGCGCAUUCUGACCAUCAGCAUCGAGGCUCGUAUGCGCAAUACCAACGGAGUCCAUGCGUAUCCAGCUCCAUUCAACGAGCUUGACGAAAGAUACAUCGUUCCCUUAUUCGACUUUCUUGCAAAAGGGGAUACUGCCGUUCAAACUCUGACGCUUGAGAUGGAAGACUGCACGCCUGACUUCCUGACCUGCGUCAUCUAUGCUCGAGACCUCUUCGAGUGGCUGGAACCACAUGUUCAGAAGUUUGUGAAGAUACCAGAGCUGGUGAUAGCCUUUCAUACAGACGCAUAUCCAAACGAGAGAUGGGCGUGGAUCAAGGCAUUCGAUUUCAACCCUCCGGCAAAGGGCUUCCUGGAUACCCAUGGAGCUGGAACUUGGAGGAGCAUGUGGUCCCUGCAGUAUGAUUGUCUGAUGAUUGGUCUGGCAGAAGCUCUAAGAGAUGAAUUUGGCCCUAUUGAAGCCGAGGACCAGAGUGAGGAUGAUUGGAGAUACAGUCGUCGGAUGAAAUUUCGUCCUGCUGAUCACUCGAGGACUGAAUUGGGAGACGUCGUGGAGGAGCAAUAA